CUAGAUUUUACAGUAUUCCAGCUGUUUCUUCUGAAGAUCUUCUCAUUUAUCCUCCUCGCGUUUCUGGUGUGCAUUGCACUGUCCUGGCGAAAGUACGGCAACCGGAUCACCAAUCGCUUCAUUCGGCCAAGCACCGCGAAGGAAAUUGAAGAGUUGAAACUUUCCGUCGCCCGAUUAAAUCUUCCCAAAGAGCACACGCCUCGGAUCUAAGCAAUCUUGCCUUUUCAAAAACUCCUACGAUGGCACCGAGCAAGAUCAAAAACUUUUUUGCAAGGAAAAAGGCGGAAGCGAAGCUUAAGUUUGGUGUCGCCGGACCUGGCCGAAAGCUUAACUCCACCGCACCGCCGCCCACUUCCUCUUCGAAAGCCAGUUCCUCCAAGGGCGACGUUUACGUACCACCCAAAAGGAGUGAACCGUCGGCGCAGGCAAAAGCGGCCGCCAAUGCAGCGUUAGCGCGUUUCGAGGGAAAGGAUAAGAAAGAGUUCAACACAUCGCUGGCCGCCAUCCGAGCGCAAGUCCGGAAGGAGCUGGAAGCCGAAAAGAAGGCCAAAGAGGCGGACGUUGCCGAGCACGAUGGGGAAAGGCAAUCUUCUACCGAGCAGCAGGAUGCGGAGGCCAAGAAAGAUUUCGCUGUCCAGGGUGUUUACUUCCGCUGCCCGAUGAUCGGCGAAGAGGUGUUGCCGUACAAGGAGUGGAAGGUGAAGAUCAAGGAGUUCCUCUACGAGCAGCUGGCCGCCGAUCGGGGUCUCACGGCGUGUUUGAUUAUCUACAACUGCAACCCCAAGGACAAGGCAGAAGUGUGCAUCGAAACGCUGAGCAAAUGCAUCGAAAACAUCGUUAACAAUCCGAACGAAGAGAAGUACAAGAAGAUCCGCAUGACGAACCGGAUGUUUUGCGAAAAGAUCAAGGUGUGCGAGGGUGCACUGGAGUUCCUGCACGCGGUCGGCUUCGCCGAGAUCGAGCUGGACGGUGAGCCUCAUCUCAUCUGGUCGGAGGAUAACAUCGAACCAGACUGUUCGGUGGAGGUGCUCCUCGAAGCGCUGAAAGCUUCCGAGCCGAUCCCGUUGGAGCUGGACCGUAACCUUCAGGUGCUGCUACCGUCGCAGGUCAAGCGAAGCAACCUUCCGCCUGAUUUUUUCCGCGUGUCGCCGGAAGAGAUCAAGCGCGAACAGCAGCUCCGUACUGAGGCACUCGAACAGGCCCAGAUUCUCAAGACGAAGGCAAUGCGCGAGAAGGAAGAACUUCGUACGAUCAAUCGCUACAAGUUUUCCCUCAUACGCAUCCGCUUCCCGAACGGCGUAUACCUGCAAGGUACUUUCAACGUGUACGAAAAGCUUAGUCAGGUGUACGAUUUCGUACAUUCCUGCCUGAUGCACGAAUCGGCCGAGUUCACUCUCGUUUCCCCCGGCGGACAGAAGUUCGACGAUCCGGAGAUGCAGGAGAAAUCGCUCUACGAUCUGCGGCUCGUACCGACGGUGGUGUUUAACUUUAGCUACGAAAACGAGUCUAAAAGCUUAACCGACUACCUAAAGGAAGAGUUGAUGCUGCUGAUUCAAUCGUUUUAGGUCAGAGAAUAUUUAACGUUAUUAUCUUUAACAAACUCAUGGCCCAACGACACGUACCCUAGCUCGGUAAUAUGAUAGUUUCGAGCGUGUUUCUAAGGCGUGCGCGCGUGUGUGUAUGUGUGUCUCAGCUAGAAGUAGCACUUCAGAGGCAUUCAGAUGUGUUAAGCUGAGAGUCGCAUGUCGUUAAGUUAUAUAAUUUCCAGAACACCCUGCAAGCUACUUUGAGGCAAUUUCCUUUCCUGACCAUUCAUUAGAUUGUACCAACCGUUUGG